CCCCCAUCAGGUUUCAUGUUCCCCAACAUGAAAAAGCAUAUCAACAUUCCUGGGAUAUUUGAAGGAUGAAUUCGGGCCAGCUAGCUGAUCCACUGCAGUCUCUAAUCCUCAAACAACCUCCCCCUUCUCACAUUCCCAAAUCUGUGGUUUUCAGAAAGUUUUUGCACUGACCUGGCGCUAAUAUUCCAGUGACGUGAGGGACACAUUUUUGAUGUGUGAUUCACAUUAACGCUACUAGAUCACUGUACAUUCAGACAAUGUCAGGAUGUAUUUAAAGGCAAGGCAUAAUACAUGUGAUGGGAAUCAUGCCAGUUAUCAUCUGUCUGUCUGUCUGUCGAACUAACGAACUAACUAUCUCUUACAUGACCACAGGGGGGCGAUAAAGGCGUUGUGCAUUAUUUCCUGCGAUGGAGUCAGCUCUACCGCUCUCUCGCACUUACGGCUUGCCGUACGCGCGGUGAAGACAGUACGCGGCGGGAGAGCUAAUGUGUUCUUAAACUCGUACCAAAGCUGUUCAUAAAGCGCAUUAAGUCAAGUAAACUGAGUCCAUUCAGCCGUUUUUGUUUUUCCUUAAAAAAAAGCAUCGCGUUUGGUUAAACCGGACAUGGUUGGUAGUUAAUAGAAUAGUGGUGGCUCUUUGUUGGAGGCAGUGUUGCUUUUAAAACAUUCCCCGGGAAAGUGGUUUGAACGUUUGCCGUUGGAUUUCUUUGCUAGCCUCGUUUUAGCCACAGUGCUGCAGCAACAAUGGCGAAGGUGCAGGUGCUGAAUGUGGCUGUUUUGGAUAACCCGAGUCCCUUUGGAAACCCCUUUCAGUUUGAAAUAACCUUUGAGUGCAUGGAGGACCUUCCUGAAGACCUAGAAUGGAAAAUCAUCUAUGUUGGUUCAGCAGAGAGUGAAGAAUAUGACCAAGUUCUUGACUCAGUCCUGGUUGGCCCUGUACCUGCUGGGAGACAUAUGUUUGUAUUUCAGGCUGAUGCCCCAAAUACUGGAUUGAUCCCUGAGAGUGAUGCCGUAGGUGUAACUGUGGUGCUGAUCACCUGCACGUAUCGUAGCCAGGAGUUUAUUCGGAUUGGUUACUAUGUGAACAAUGAAUACACGGAUCCAGAGCUUCGUGAAAAUCCACCUAUCAAGCCAGACUACACACAGCUUCAGAGAAAUAUUCUGGCAUCAAACCCACGUGUUACCAGGUUCCAUAUAAACUGGGAAGGUUGUGCAGAGCGAAUGGAAGACUCUGAAAAUGUGGACCCUUCAUCAAACUCCAUGCUCCCUCCAUCCUGUCUCCAAGGUAAGGCUCCACCCAUGGGGAUACUUCCAGAUAACUCCAUGGACUGCCUAUAGAGAUGACCCAGAAGAUGAAGUGACCAGAAAAGUGACAAAACACAGCAUGAGACCUUGCUAACAAAGAACGCCUGUGGACAUUCUCAUGUGGAUGUACAAAACAUGUUUGCUUUACAGCUGCAUUAAGUUCACCAAGGCUUGUUGUCACAAAUGAACUCUCACCUUGGGUAUCAGAUGAGUGUUUGUUACAAGGAAGAUAAGGAACAUCUCAAAGGAAUACUCAUCACUUAUAGCUGGGGGAUUCCUUGCCACGAAGCUGAAAGCAGUAUUGAAAUAGUUAAACUCCCCGGAGGAAAACCGCUCAGUAAAAAAAAAUGCUGACAAACUGAAAUAGAGCAGAAAGCUAUGUUGUGAUUGUCCUUCCUUUUUUGUUGGUGCAAAAUGGAUUUGUACCAAUUUAAGAAGAUUUCAGCACUGAAGCAAUAGGCAAAUAAAUUGCUGUGUUGCUGAAGUAAAAUGGCAUAAUCUGCUGUUAUAUUUGUCUUCAAAUUCUUUAUGCACUUAGAACCUCUUCCCAGGUAUGACUGGCACUUCCCCUGUUUAUUUUGUUUGCUAUGUUAUGUUCCAAAUAAAAGAACAUUGUACUUGUUA